AAUGGAAUCAGAUACAAAUCCUAACUUCUGAUAUGAGAGCAGAGAGGUGACAGACAAGUUUUACAGAGAUAAUUUCCUUAAAAUCUUUGGAGACAAAGACACUGUUUGUGAGGAAGGUUCUUUAAAGAUGAUCAUUGUCAUGACAUUCCAAUAAAAACUAAUGCAAACCCUCUUAUCUAUACAGCAAAGCGAACAAGAGAAAGCAGAGCAAGGAGAUAAGUUCAUAUAUUUUUGAGAAACUUUGGAAGAAAGGAUUAAAGAAAUUACCUCAGAUGACACUAAGUUGUUUGAUUAUGUUGAUCCAGCCACAGGAAUAAUGAUCAAAGCAGACAAUUACAACUUUCCUUAUUAUGAGCAUAUUGGAGUAAUGGACUUGCUUAAAUAUCCUUCUAAAUAUGUUGGAAAUUGAAGAGUUAUCGAGCAUCCAGAAUUAGGGAGUAAAAUAUACCCAGCUUCUUUUUUCACCACAUAUGAUAAGGAAACCGUCGAGCGAGCUAUCAAUGAUAUCAAAGAUGAUAUUUUCAACUAA